AUGAGCGCUCGCGAUUUUGUGGUGGGAGAGGCCGAGCUGGAUGACGAUGAUAAUGAGGAGCUCGUUGAUGACUAUGAUGGCGAGGGUGAAGGCGAAGGCGAGGGACAACAGGGAGCUGGAACGGUGAAUGACAACAACGAUUCGAGUGAGGAGGACGAGGAUGAGGAUGAUGACGAGGAGGCAGCUCGCGCGGUCCGAGAAGGCUUUAUCGUCGACGAAGAUGAAGAUAUGGAAGAGCGCGCACAGCGUCGACGGGAUAAGAAAAAGCGACGACGGGAGGAUCGCGAGCGCGAAGAGGAGCAUCUAGAUGAGGAAGAUUUGGAACUCAUUGGCGAGCAUGUCCCAGGUUUUCAACCCCCGGUUGCGCCGGAGCAAUCGAAAUUCAAGCGUUUGAAGCGUGGUCACAAAGACCGUGAUCCCCGACAGCCAUCCCGAGGCAUUGACGACAUGUUCAACUCGGAUGAGGAAGAAGAAGCGGGCGACUAUGGUAGACCCGUCGGCCAUCGCAGACACAUGCAUGAUGAAAUGGAUGAUUUCAUUGAGGAGGAUGUUUUCUCCGACGAUGAAGCGCAGCAAGAACGUGAAGAUGUCGAGAUAGCCGGCCCUGUCUCGAGCGGCAUGACCGGUCUAGGAGCUGCUGAUGCUGCUGGAUUAGACGAAAAUGCUCUAGAGGACAUGCGCGCCGCAUUCGGAGAUGGAAACGAAUACUUGUUUGCCCUGGACAUGGAAGAGCAAGAACAGGAACAAGAAGUCGAUGAAGAAAAGCACCUGGAUCUGAAGGAUGUCUUCGAGCCAUCGCAGCUGGCGGAGAAGAUGUUGACGGAGGAAGAUAACCAGAUUCGUCUCUUGGAUGAACCCGAACGUCAUCAAAUUUCCCGAAAACCAUACCGCCAUGUGGUUCUAGAUGAGGAGCAGUUCCGAGAAGAGGCAGUCUGGAUAUCAAACCUCAUGCUUCUCAAGAAGCGUAUCGAGCCUGAGUUGCGGGAGCCGUUCCAGCGUUCUGUAGCCAAGGUUCUAGAGUUUCUUGUGACAGAUGACUGGGAGGUUCCAUUUAUUUUCCAGCACCGCAAGGACUACAUGAUUCAUGCCGUCAAAGCCCCCGUCGAUAGUUAUGACGAUGCGUCACAGUACACCGUUAAGGCCGAAAAGCUAUUAAACAUGACAGAUCUCUGGGAUAUCUUCGAUCACGAUCUCAAAUUCAAGGCUUUGAUCGACAAGAGGAAUACGAUCCAGAAAACCUUUGACAAUUUACAGAGUCUAUUCAACCUCGAUGACCACAUUGUGGAGGAGAUGCUUCCGGUGGCUGUGACCAUGGAAGAGUUGCAGGAUGUACAGGACUACAUUCACUUUCAGUACGCAUCACACUUACGGGAUAUGACAAUGAUGAAUGGCGAAGCAAACGGCGAUACGCACCGACGAAAGGCUACUGGUAAGUCCUUCUUUGAGCGUGUCCGCAACGGUAAGGCAUAUGGGCUGGUGCGCGCUUUUGGCAUAACAGCAGAUGCCUUUGCUCAGAACGCCCUCAAAGAAGGCCGCCGUCAGUACACUGAAGAUCCUGCCGAUCGACCAGAUGAGAUGGCGGAUGGCUUCGUGGACAAUGACUUUUCCAACUCGUCGCACGUACUCAAGGCCGCGAAGACCAUGUUUGCGGAGGAACUCGUCAUGAGCCCUAAGAUGCGCAAAGUAAUUCGGCAGGCCUAUUACAUGAACGGUGCUGUUGAUUGCUUCCGGACAGAGAAAGGUCUGCGGCGGAUCGAUGAGCAGCAUCCGUACUACGAGUUCAAAUACCUGAGGAAUCAGCAGCUCAGCGACAUUGCCCGCCAGCCCGAGCUGUAUCUUCGCAUGCUGAAGGCCGAGGAGGAGGGCCUCGUAGAGGUCAAGGUCCGCUUCGAGAACUUUGACCACUUCCGCCAGCGUCUCUAUCCGGACAUCGAGUCUGAUAACUACAGUGAACUCGCUGAUGCCUGGAACAGAGCUCGUCGUGACGUUCUGGAUCUGGCCCUGGGUAAAUUGGAACGAGUGAUGAACCGCAGCGUAAAGGAGAACAUUCGCCAGGAAUGCGAGAACCACGUGGCCAAGGAGUGUCGGGAGGCAUUUUCCCAGCGACUAGAUCAAGCUCCUUAUAAACCCAAGGGCAUGGUUUUGGGUACCGUCCCUCGAGUUCUGGCCUUGUCAACUGGCUCAGGAAUCGUCGGAAAAGAGCCUAUCAACUGGGCUUACAUCGAAGAGGAUGGACGUGUACUGGAAAAUGGAAGGUUCAUGGACCUGUCCGUUGGCGAUAGAGACCGCGGCAUUGCAGAUGGCAAGGACGUCGAGGCUUUUGUGGAGCUGGUUGACCGACGGAGACCGGAUGUCAUUGGUGUUUCUGGAAUGUCUCCGGAGGCACGCAAGCUGUACAAGCUCUUAGCCGAUGUUGUGGACAAAAAGGACCUCCGAGGAGCUCCCUAUACGGACGAUCGUGAUGAAGAAGUCAACGAUCCCUUGGAGGUGGUGAUUGUCAACGACGAAGUAGCUCGACUGUACCAGCACAGUGAGCGGGCGAAGAAGGACCACCCAGGUUUUGCUCCCUUGACCCAUUACUGUGUUGCGCUGGCCAAAUACUUGCAAAGUCCAUUGAAGGAAUACGCGUCACUGGGUCGGGAUAUCGUCUCGAUUCAGUUCAAGAAGGGACAGCAGCUGGUUACCCAGGAGUUGCUCUUGAAACAGCUUGAGACAGCGUUAGUGGACAUGGUGAACCUUGUUGGUGUCGAUAUCAACGAGGCAGUCACUGACACGGCAACCGCCAACCUCCUUCCAUACGUCUGCGGUAUGGGUCCGCGAAAGGCAGCGCACCUUCUAAAGAUUGUAAACAUGAACGGUGGCGUGGUGAACAACCGCGUGGAGCUCUUGGGAGUGAACGCCCAGUACCCGGCGAUGGGUGUGAAGGUAUGGAACAAUUGUGCUAGUUUUCUGUACAUCGACUUCGAGAACGCCGACCCGGAUGCCGAUCCCCUGGACAAUACGCGUGUGCACCCCGAAGACUACGAUAUUGCGCGUAAGAUGGCGGCGGAUGCCCUGGAAUUGGAUGAAGAGGAUAUUAAGGCAGAGACGGAUGAAAACGGACCCGGAGCGAUUGUACGGAAGCUCUUCCGGGAAGAAGGGCAGGACCGUGUCAACGAUUUGAUCCUGGAGGAAUACGCGGAGCAGCUGGAGAAGAACCUCAACCAGCGCAAACGAGCCACAUUAGAAACCAUCCGUGCUGAACUGCAGCAGCCCUACGAGGAGUUGCGAAAGCAAUAUGUCUUCCUCAGCUCGGACGACAUCUUCACCAUGCUGACGGGUGAAACGCUGGAUACGCUGGCCGAGGGCAUGGUGGUACCGAUUUCGAUCAAACGGAUCACUGAUGACCACAUUGAUGGCAAGCUUGACUGUGGCAUCGACGCCCUGGUGCCCGAGGCAGAGCUCACGGACCGUUACGACAUUCCGGUACGGGCACUCUACUCGAUGCACCAAACCGUACCCGCCAAGGUGCUGUUCCUCAACCGCAAGAGCUUCAUGUGCAAUGUGUCGCUGCGGGAAGAGCAAGUCAGUCACCCGUCGGCUAAGCCUCGCGACCGACUUGACGGGGAAUGGGAUGACAGACAGGAACACCGGGACCGAGAAGCGAUGCAGGAGAAGACACAGAGUGGCGGCCGGGUGAUGCGGGUCAUCAAGCACCCGAUGUUCCGACCAUUCAACUCGACACAGGCAGAGGAGUUUUUGGGAUCGCAAAGUCGGGGCGACGUUGUCAUCCGACCUUCGUCUAAGGGACCUGACCAUCUGGCAGUGACUUGGAAGGUGGCCAACGGCAUCUUCCAACACAUUGACGUGUUGGAGCUGGACAAGGAGAAUGAGUUCUCUGUUGGACGGACAUUGAAGGUUGGAGGCCGGUACACAUACAGUGACUUGGAUGACUUGAUCUUCAACCAUGUCAAGGCGAUGGCUAAGAAGGUGGACGAGAUGAUGUUGCAUGAGAAAUACAACGAGGGUACCAAGGAGGAGACGGAUAAAUGGUUGAAUACAUACACCAAGGCCAACCCCCGACGGUCGGCAUAUGCAUUCUGCAUCAACAGCAAAUAUCCCGGAUACUUCUAUCUGUGCUUCAAGGCAGGCGAGAACGCACAACUGCACAGCUGGCCAGUCAAGGUGAUUCCUCUGGGCUACGAGUUGCAGCGAAACCCCUAUCCGGACAUGCGGGCGCUGUGCAAUGGAUUCAAACUGCUGUUCACGAACAUGCAGGCGGGCAAGCGGAGAUGA